AUGCGACCUAUUCUACUGCAAGGCCACGAGCGACCCCUGACCCAGCUCAAGUACAACCGGGAGGGCGAUCUGCUCUUCUCCGUCGCCCGAGACAAGACCAUCUGCGUGUGGUACUCUCACAACGGCGAGCGACUGGGCACUCUCGAGGGUUCUGGAGGAGCCAACUUUUCUGUGGAUGCUGAUCCCACCACCACCAUUGUGGCGACUGGCUCUGCUGACCAGACUGCGCGUCUGUGGGACAUCAAGACCGGCAAGACGAUUCAUAGCUGGAACUUCAAGACCACCGUCAAGCGUGUGGAGUUUUCCCCUGAUGGAACCAAGCUCAUUGUUCUGUCUGAGAAGAUGAUGGGUUACCCCGGUGGCAUUUCCGUGUUCAACGUCAAGGCCGACGUGAACGCCACCCAGGAGACGGAGCCUAUUAUGGAUAUUAAGCCCGAGGAGGGCGCCGACAAGUUUUCGUUUGCCGUGUGGUCGUACGGAGGCAAGUACAUCAUCACAGCCCACGCUGACGGCUCUCUGUCCAAGUACGACGGAGCCACCGGCGAGUUCAUUGCUUCCACACAGAUCCACGAGGAGAAGUUCCCCAUCACCGAUCUGCAGCCUUCGCCAGACAAGACCUACGUCAUCACCAGUUCCAAGGACAAGACCGCUCGACUGACAGACGUGGACUCUCUCAAGCUGCUCAAGACCUACAAGACCGAUACUUCCAUGAACUCGGCAUGCAUCACCAGCAAGAAGGACUUUGUCAUUCUGGGAGGAGGACAGGACGCCAAGGAUGUUACCACCACCUCUUCUCGAGAUGGUAAGUUUGAGGCCCGAUUCUACCACAAGAUCUUUGAGGACGAGGUUGGCCGAGUCAAGGGCCAUUUCGGUCCCCUCAACUGUGUCGUUGCCCACCCCAAUGGCGGCUCCUACGCCUCUGGAGGAGAGGAGGGAUACAUCCGAAUCCACCACUUUGACCCCUCCUACUUUGACUUCACCUACGAUGUCGAGCGGUUUGCUGCUAAGGAGUAA